UGGUAAAGUAAAAAUGGUCAUUUACUUUUCGUUUCAGUGGUCAUAAUGUUGCGGCUGAUCAGUGUGUACGCUAAUGGCAUCUAAAAAUGGAUUGAAUCAUUCGUUUCAGAGGUACAGUGUGGCCGCAUCAGAAGAGCACUUGUAAAAUUAAAAAAUUCAUCACAAAUGUGUAAAAACAAAAAUGUUCGAUAAUAUAUAUAUAAUUCUGAAACGGCCAAAGCACAAAACCUCAUCUGGAUCUGAAUCCCAUGUGGGUCAAAUUGCCAGAGAUCAAACAUGUAAAGACAACACACCAGCUCAAAAGCAGGCCUGCGUUGACUGAAACGCGAGCCCUGACAGAGCCUUACAACAGGGUCAGAUUCCCUGCUCUUUUGUCAAUCAGGUGCUAAAUAAUUCGAGAAAAUACUACCCCUUCACUUUCGCUCUUCCAACCAGGGCGGCGGGAAGACAUGUGGGGGGGAACGGGUGCGCGCCAGAGCCUCGCAGAGUGCGUCCGCCGCGUUGACUCUCUGUUUGAGCUUCAGGAACUUUGGCCUUGGGCGUCCUCAGAUAAGAGGAUUCUGUGUUUGUGUUUAGUUUCCCUUCUGCCGCUGACAAACAGCAGGACCUCCCGAUCAAUUUGCACGGUGAAGAGGAUCCAGAGUGGGUAACACGGCACCUUAAGGGUGACAUUAAACUUUGAUGAGCAUCUGCCAGGAAUUCUCAACGGCAGUGGUUAUCUUUAGAGGGACGGUGGACGACAGGGAAGCACUCGUGUCUGUCUCUUUGGAGGAGCAGAAAAACACAGGGAUAGAAGAAUGUGAGUCAUGCGUUGCUGCAGAUGUGCCGUCCUACUGGUUCUCUGCAUCUGCCCUCUAGCCUCCCUGGUGAUGGCUCCCUGUCCUCGGGGCUGCUGCUGCCCUCACCCGGGGUUCCUGGUUCUGUGCGAGUCGCUGGGCCUGAGGUCUCUCCCGCGCUCGGUCCCGCUCAGCACCUCAGCGCUGUCCGUGGCCAGGAACCAGCUCUGCGACGUGGACCACCUGCUCUCUCCGUUCUCCGGCCUCCAGGAGCUCAGCCUCGGCCACAACCUGCUGACCCGCUUCCCCCGCGGCCUGCCGCCGAGCCUGGAGUCCCUGCAGCUGCAGGAGAACCGCAUCACUUACAUCACCGCCGGCGCCCUGAGGCAGCUGGGAAACCUGACCCGCCUGGACCUGGAGGACAACCGCAUCCGCGCCAUCCAGCCCGGGGCGCUGCGGGGUCUCGGCAAGCUGCGGGUCCUGACGCUGAAGGGCAAUGAGCUGACGAGCCUCCCCUCAAACCUCCCCCCGUCGCUGACUCACUUAGACCUCUCAGAAAACUGCAUCGCCGCCCUGGACCUGGCCUCUCUGUCCUCCCUCGUCAACCUGCAGGUCCUGAACAUCAACAGCAACUGCCUGCGCUCGGUCCCAGACAGCGCCUUUGACAAACUGCCCAGUCUCAGAUCUGUGGACCUCAACAACAACCUGUGGGCGUGCGAGUGCGACAUUCUGUAUCUUUACCGCUGGCUGCUGAGUGGCAGGCUGAAGAUGGCCACAGACCUCGUGUGCGCGGAGCCUGUGCAUCUCGCUCACCGGCUGCUUAUGAACCUCUCCGUCAUGGCAAUCUGUCCUCGUCUCCUGAAGCCAGUAGACAGGACACAGCUCAGCUCUGACCUGGAGACGACGAGGCCAACCUCUAAGAGGGACCGGGUAGAAAUGUUGCAGAAAGCAUCUAAAGAAACCUCUGCUGGACUCUUUCCUGAAGACAUUCAACAAGACUUCCCCAGAACUCGUCUCUUGCCCUACUCUUUAGAGACUCUCACCUAUGAGGAGUGUCUGUUCCUGAACAAGACUCCACCUCUCAGCACGUCGCAUUUAAAAACUACGGCUUCCCGCCCGGAGGAGGAGCAGGGGUGCAGAGACAACGUCACAGUUCGGUACCCUCAGAGUAACGCAACCUCCGCUGGAGGAUCCGUGCCGUCCACAAACAGAGAAGCCGUCAUGGUUACUCCCAACACGCGGCCUUUCACUCGGCAGGACUCUGCAGCGAUCGUCUCUCUGCUCGCCGUGUUGUGCGUGUUGGUAGCUCUCCUAAUGCUGGCAGUGCUGCUCGUACUGAAAAAGAUACUCGUGCGCCAGCAGAGAGUGGCUCCGCUCGAUGUGGGAUCUGGGGGGUGA